GUUAACAACUUUCAGCACGAACCCGUCACACGAGCCGACAAAAGUUCGGAUAUCGCCUGGGUGACCAAGACAAACAGUCGACGGAAGUCUGUAAAGAGUGCGAAAAAUAUCGGGGGAAAACCACCUGCCAAUGAACCUGAAUCAGCAUCGAUACCCCAGCAUUGUGUGCCGUUCUGCCUGCUCGUCUUCAGGCCUUCAAGCCUGUUUUCAGUUGAUAGUUGGCUACCGAAGUGAGACGUCGAAGAAAGUGUCGUCAGAUCGGGGUCAUCGUAUUCAAUAAUUCCGCGUCGUUAGCCCGCAUCUGGGCAAAUACAGACCCUUGCUCUUAAUUGUUCGUCCAGAAGUUGACAAAGCCAGGCCGCGCUCCACUCUCCUCGAUCUCCGCCAGCCAACCUGCCUCUCUGGCACUUAUCAGCGCGUCAGGAACCAACUGGGUUGAUAAGCAGCUGCCCUUAGUUCGAGCAGAACAUUUAGCAUCCAACUCUGCUACGGAAUGGUGCCCCUCUGGAUACUGCUGAUCGCCUUUUCGCUGGCCCAGGGGUAUGGCGCCGGCGGUAGCGGAUCGCGUCCCGUGCGCACAGUGGAAACGCUGACGCAGUGGGGCCAGCUGGAGUUCGGAUUUCCUACGGCCCAGGAUCGGGAGAACGCGCAGGCGGCGGGUAAUCUGGUGCCCGAGAACGGCACUCCCAUCGACGUGCAGCCUCAGUAUAUGGCCAAUGGCCAGAUCAGGCUGUUCACUACCAUUCCACGAUUCGUCACGGGCAUUCCCUACACGUUGGCCACCGUUUCGACGACGCAGGGCAGGAAUGGCCCUCUGCUGCAACCGUAUCCCAACUACUCCUGGCACAAUGCCAACGGCGAGGACUGCGAUCUGAUAACUUCCGCCUUCAGAGUGGCUAUCACCGAGUGCAACCAGAUGUGGGUGAUUGAUUCGGGUGUAAUUGGAACUACUCAGCAAUGUCCGCCGCAGUUGCUGCAGUUUGACCUGGCCACCGAUCGCCUGCUGCAUCGCUUCCGCUUUGCGAACAACACAUACAUCCCAAGUGGGUCCCUCUUUAUCACACCAAGUGUGCUCGUCCAGGAUCCUCCGCCUAGGGGAACUUGCAGUCGCACCAUGAUUUAUGUGGCCGAUGUGAGCUACCAUGGCUUGGUGGUUUAUGACCACCAGGCGCAGACAUCCUGGCGGGCAGAGAACCGCUUCAUGUAUCCCGAUCCGGAUUACGGCAAGCACACCAUAGCGGGCGAGAGCUUCUACCUGAUGGACGGCAUGUUUGCGCUGAACAAUGACAAGCGCAAUCUGUACUUCCAUCCGCUUGCCAGUGCAGGUGAGUACUCUGUGCCUUUGAGGGUUUUGAACCGGCAAGAGAACUGGGCUAAUGGGCCGGACGUUCUGCCGGAGGAGUUCAAGCUGCUGGGCAGGCGGCGGAGCGAGUGCGCCGCAUCUGCCAUCGAUGACAGAAAUAACGUCUACUGCGUCACCCUCAAUCCCGUCAAGCUCUUUGUGUGGAACGUGAACGUGCCGUAUAAUUCGCGAAACUUUGGUAAUCUGCCGGCCAAGUCCGAUGAGCUUCAGUUCGUCAGCGGCAUGAAGGUGGUGCGGAAUCGAGAGGGGCAGGAGGAACUCUGGAUGCUCUCCAAUCGUUUCCAGAAAAUCGCCGCAGGUACGCUGAACUCAAACGAAGUCAACUUCCGCAUUCUGCGCCGCAAGUUGGAUGAUGUUCAGGGAGGCGUCUUCUUCUCCAACGACGAAGAUCUAACCAAUCGUCUGGUGUUUAGCCAGUGAUUUUGUAAAUCCACUAAAUUGAUGUAUGUAAAUAUUAUUUUUGUUGUGCAUUUUACUGGGGGAUCGUCGCAAAUUCCGCGUCUAAUAACAGACAGUCUUGAAUUGUAAA